AUGGCGGAUGAAUUCAACGCCUUACAGCGUACUGGCACUUGGACUUUGGUACCCUACAAGUCUUCUAUGAACGUGUUACUAAAUAAAUGGGUGUAUCGCAUCAAAACAAACUCUGAUGGUUCCAUCGAGCGUUUUAAAGCUCGCCUAGUUGCCAAUGGCUUUCAUCAGCAAGAGGGCAUUGAUUUCUGCGAAACCUUCAGUCCGAUGGUCACACAUGCCACCAUUCGGCUCAUUCUCUCUAUUGCUCUUCACUUUCAGUGGCCUAUCCGCCAACUUGAUGUUCAAAAUGCCUUCCUUCAUGGCACGUUGAAUGAGGAAGUUUAUAUGCGUCAACCUGCAGGGUUCGUUGAUCCACAGUUUCCCUCUCAUGUGUGUCGACUUCGACGGUCUCUCUAUGGUUUGAAACAAGCACCCCGUGCUUGGUUUCAAUGUUUUUCACAGAAACUAGAACACUUGGGCUUCACUGCUUCCCAAGCUGACUCGUCUCUCUUCACCUAUUUUGAUGGCUCAACAAUCAUUUAUCUUCUCAUCUAUGUGGAUGACAUUUUAGUCACAGGGAACAACAAUGCUCACUUGUCUCAGUUUAUCACGCAGCUUGGUACUCAUUUUGCAAUGAAAGAUCUUGGGCCCUUACACUACUUCUUGGGGAUGGAGGUUUCCCAGACGCCUUCUGCUUUCUAUCUCACUCAAUCCAAGUAUAUUUUGGAGCUUCUACAGAAAACUAAUAUGGCUUACGCCAAGCCCAUCUCAACGCCAGUUCCCAGUGGUAAACGCUUGAGUUUAUAUGAUGGUGAGCCUCUCUCAGAUGGAUCUUCUUUUCGCAGUGUUGUGGGCGCCCUUCAAUACCUUCUAUUUACACGUCCUGAUAUUGCUUAUGCUGUCAACCAAGUGUGUCAGUUCAUGCACUCUCCAACUACUGCGCAUUGGGCUGCAGUCAAACGCAUCUUACGGUAUUUGAAAGGCACACAUGAUCACGGCUUACUUUACAAACCCAGUCAUCUCACUCUCACUACCUUCGCUGACGCUGAUUACGCUGGCGACCCUGAUACCCGUCGUUCCACUGGCGGUCACUGCAUAUUUCUUGGCAAUAAUUUAAUUUCCUGGAGUUCGAAAAAGCAACGUGGAGUGUCACGGUCUAGCACAGAGACGGAGUAUCGUCAACUUGCCUAUACUUCUGCUCAUCUCUCAUGGUUUCGCAAUCUUUUUCGUGAUUUAUAUCUUCCAUUACAGCCACCUCGUCUCUAG